AUGCGUUUUUCGGAGGUGUAUGGAGCGGUUGCUGUCGCUGCGAGCGCCUUCUCUGUGGCCAAUGGCUUGGAUAUCCUGAUCUCGAACGAUGAUGGAUUUGGGACGGCUAAUAUUAGGGAGCUGUACAAAGCUGUGAAGGCAUAUGGACACAAUGUCUACCUCGUUGCGAGUGUCACGAACCAAUCUGGGCAAGGAGGAACUGCUAUCUAUGCCCAGGACCGCAAUUUGGUCUCUGAUGGCGAAUUCGGAAUUGUCAAGAAAGGAGCCCCUUCAAUCGGGAUGGAUCCGAUGGAUAGCCACAUCUGGUACUACAAUGGCACGCCCUCUACCUGUGUGCAGGUGGCACUGGAUUACAUCCUUCCUCGCUAUACAAACCUUACAACGUUCGACCUCAUGCUCAGCGGCCCCAACUACGGGCUGAAUCUCGGGCCUUUCCUGUAUACACUCGCGGGCACCCUCGGCGCUAUAUACACAGCGGUCGAACGCGGAAUCCCCGCUAUUGGCAUUUCCGGUGGCUACUCGGUCCAAACUCCCUAUUACGAGGUGAACACCACAACAGCCGCAGGGUUGAAGGACCCGGCGACCAUCAUGGCCGAACUCUCCGCAAACCUCGCUCAACAGCUGAUCACCAACGCUCAGAAGAAAGGAUUAUCCCGGCUCCUGCCACUGGGAUAUGGACUUAAUGUUAACAUCCCGCUCAUCUCCUCCUUCACGGACAGUUCCUGCAUUGACCCGCCCUUCAUCCAGACACGGCUCACCGGCUCCGCAGUUGUCGAUCGGGCGGCCUACAACGAAACCACCGGACUCUUCUCCUACGCGAGCCUGGUGACGGACGGGGUGAACACGUGCAUCAACGGGAACUGCUCUCUCCCCGGCGAGACAGCGAUCCUGAACGCCGGGUGCCAAUCCGCGGUCUCGGUGUUCACAGUCGACUAUGAUGCGCCGAUCGGGGGGAGCUGUAGCGUGGGUCCGAACGUGAGGAGCUUGUUGGAACCACUGGUGCAGUAUGCCAAUUCGACGAGCUUGGUGGGUGGGUUGAACGGGACGGCAAUGGGGACAAAUGGCACGGUGACUGCGACGCCGAGCCCUAGUGCAUUCCCAGUUUCCAGUCCCGGGUUGAGAGUUGGAGCUUCAGCGGGCUUGUUGGGCUUGGGUCUAGUUAUGGCUGGAUUGAUGUGUUGA